AUGCAUGCGCCCGACCCCACGCUGCCACGACCGCCUCUCGCUGCACGCCUGCUCACCACCACAUGCAAGGGCUACCCCCCACGCUCAGCUGCUGCUGCUCCAGUCAACGUGUACGCUGCUGCUGUGGACGCGAUGCUUCGUCCCGUCAACGCCAGCGCGGCUGCUGUGGGUACUGCUGGGUGCUGCUGGGUGCGGACUGUCCUGCAGUCAACGCCAACGCCAACGGACUGUCCUGCUUCGCAGAUGAGUGCCCCUCCGCCCUUUGCUCGCCUCGCUUUCUCCUUUUCCUCGCAUGCACUCCGCACUCUCGCCCUGCUCGCUGCAGCAGCAACAGCACAAAACCGCCGCCCUGCUAGCACCAUACAUCAAACUCCCGUCCUUCCUGGCCUCAUCCUGAUCCGCCCCCUCUCGUCCCAGCUGGUCGCUCACACGGGAGUGGCAAUGGUUGGGGCAUGGAGUGCACAGGCAGCAGCUGCUCUCCACCCAACCCACCCACAGCUAACUGAGGCUGCAUCAGUGGCCCCCUUCUCUGCUCUCACCUGCCAUCCCACCCCACCCAUCCUACCACUAGCCGCUUACUCACCGAUCUUCACCUUCACAUCCGCAUUUUUUCCCCCUCCCUUCUCAGUCCUAAUCUGCCCCCUCUCUUCUCAGCAGGUCGCUCGCACGGGAGUGGCAGUGGCGGGGGACAUGGAGUGCACAGGCAGCAGCUGCUCUCCACCCAACCCACCCGCAGCUAACAGGUCGCUCGCACGGGAGUGGCAGUGGCGGGGGACAUGGAGUGCACAGGCAGCAGCUGCUCUCCACCCAACCCACCCGCAGCUAAUUCUCUCCUUGCAGGUGGAGGGGAGGGGCGUGGGGGUCAACACCGCCGCUCCCUCACACCCCUCCCCAGUGGCCGUGCAGGUGGCUGUGGUAGGAGGGGAGGGAAGCGGCACUCCACUCGGCUGGGAUGGGAUGGGAGAGUGUCGGGCUGGGUCGUCUGAACCAAGGUCACUCAUACAGAAGUGGCAGUGGCGGGGGACAUGGAGUGCACAGGCAGCAGCCGCAACCCACCCGCAGCUAAGUUCCUGCCCUGCCUCUCUACUCCUGUUCUCUCUUGUGUUCUUUGCUGCAUCUCCUGUGGAGGGGAGGGGCGUGGGGGUCAACACCGCCACUCCCUCACGUCUCUCCCCUGUGGCCGUGCAGGUGGCUGUGGUGGGAGGGGAGGGGGGCAGCACUCCACUCGGCUGGGAUGGGAUGGGAGAGUAUCGGGCUGGGUCGUCUGAAUCAAGAAGUGGCAGUGGCAAGGACAUGGAGUGCACAGGCAGCAGCCGCAACCCACCCGCAGCUAAGUUCCUGCCCUGCCUCUCUACUCCCACUCUCUCUUGUGUUCCUUGCUGCAUCUCCUGUUUCUUCUCGCUCCAAACGCAAGCCUCUGGUUCAGCCAAAGCUUGGGGCAGCACUCCAAUUGGCUGGGGUGGAAGGAAGCGUAUCGGGCUGGGUCGUCUGAACCAAGGUCAUGUGGGGUCAGGGGAGGGGGGCAGCAUUCCACUCGGCUGGGAUGGGAAGGGAGAGUAUCGGGCUGGGUUGUCUGAAACAAGGAGGCAUGAGGGUGAAUUGUGGGGUGGGUGGGAGGGGAGCAUGGGAGCAAGUGGCCAGCUCACUGCCUUAGGGGCAGCUUCCUCAGGGGUUGUGCGUUGUGGGUCGGGGUGUGGUGGGUGGGAUCUGCGCGGCACGGCACUCGGUGCUCAAGAGGUGGGCUGUCUUCUGCUCCCAUUGCUAGCAGGUGAGGGUGGGGUGGGGAAGGGUGGAGUGUGUGGUGAUGGUGGGGGAGGGAGGGUGGGGGCACUGGUGCCACCUGUUGCAUGGCGAGUGCAGGAUGUGCCGGGUAGUGAGAAGGGAAAGAUGCUCCCACUCCAUAUCAAGCGCGCUAUUUGCGCGCACCACGUCGAAAACCCCCGCCUGCGUCAUGUUGACCUGGCGAGGUGGUGUUACUCUCAUUACGGCUUGCGCCCGGAUCGCUCCACUGUCGGGCGCAUUUUGAAGAGCGCGGAACGACGGGCUGUCACGGCAACCGGCGACAACCAAUUGCGCCGGCGAGGUGGCGCAUGGCCUGAGCUGGAGCAGGCCAUGUCGCGGUGGAUUGCAAACGCGGGGCCCGCCGGCGUGCCGCUUACCCUGCAGACCAUCCGCGACCAUGUCGCGGCCAUCGCGCGGAACAUGGGCAUUCCGCCCACAUUCCGCUGCUCCAUCGGCUGGGUGCGCCGUGCUUUGCGGCGCCAGGGGGUGCGGUGCCGUGCAGCACAAGGCGAGGCGGCUAGCGCGGACAUGGCCGCCGUGCGCGGCGCCCGGGAGAAGCUUCCGCAACUCCUCACUCAUCUCGGCGUCACCCCGCGGGACACAUUCAACCUGGACGAGACCGCACUAUGGCUCCCCGUGCUCCCUAGGCGCACGUACAGCAACGGCCGCAUACCAGGUCGCAAAGUUCCCAAGGACCGCCUGACCGUCGCAUUCCUCGUGAAUGCGGACGGAAGCCACGUUUUCCGCCCGCUUGUGAUCAGGCGAAGCGGCCCCACGACUUCCGCCCGGACUAUGACCCCGAAGCCCUAUGCUACUAGCGGCAUAACGCGAAAGGAUGGAUGA